AACUUUGCCCUGGGAGAAACUGAACUGUGAUAAAAAGUUAGCCUUUGACACCAAACGCUGGUGAGAGACCAUUGAUGUGAGAACAUGGCUUCCUCCAGUGCUGUGGAGAGACUUCAAGCUUUGGAGUCCAUCGAGAAAGAGAUAGCAGCAGUUCUACAAAACGCAGGCCUGGCAGUACAGGAGUUGUGUAAGGACAAGCCGAACGAGAGACAGCUGGACAGACACACCGGUCAGUUCCUCAAGUCUCUACAGGACGUGGAGUCUGGGCUGUCUCAGGAGAUCAACUAUCUCACACAGGUUGCUACCGGCCAGCCACACGAAGGGUCCAGCUACUCAGCCCAGAAGGAGACACAGAUGGCCCUGCACAGGGUGGAACAUGCCAAGAAAAGACUGGCAGAUCUCAACACGGUCUGCACACAGGGACCUCAGCAGUGAUGGGACACUUUGGGGAAGGGAAAGUGGUCGCAAACCAGUUUAGCUCUGGAGAAAGUGCAAGUGAAACUGAUUUGUCACACUGAAGAGCUCAUCCUUCACUGAUCCUGACAGAAAAGACACAUAAUGUGGACAGUAUAUAAUGGUUCACUGUAAAACUUUCGCUUGUUCUUUUUCACAACACAAAGUCUACAAUGAACAGAGGACCACAGCUUUCAAUGUACCACCAGAAGGUGCAUUAUUUAUGAGUGAGAACAGGCUGGGAUUGGACCCUAGUAGUUUAGAAGCAGCAUUUUGGAACUGUGGAACCACCAUGAACAAUACAAUGUGUCAUGACUUUAUCUUAUCUAUGAGCUCAGUAUAAUGUCAUGUCUAUGACGUCAGAUCAUGUACAUUUGUGAGCCUAAAGACCUCUUGGUUUGUGCCUUAUUAAAUAUUGGUUAAUGAAAUUUGAAAACAUUCUGGUGAACAGUUGAAUUUCAUUUUACACGUUCCUAUAUGUAAAUAUAUGUAGACUUCUAGUGCUACAGUUAUUUCAAUUUUGUAUUCAUAUAUCUACAUGACAAAAAUGGCAGGCUGAUCAUGAAUUACAUUGAUAUUAACAAAACAUGAUACAGUUGUAUAGUAAUUGGAAGGAAAAUGUGGACCAAAAUAGUUACAACUUAUUCAAGUUUUAUCUUACUGUUGUUAUGUGAUAUUUGACUCCCAAUAGCUAGGUGCAAAAGCAAGUUCAUGUACCUACAUGUAUGUUAUUUAUGUUGACAAAACAUUAAAAUAUUG